UAGUCUCUAAAGUUUUGCAUACUUGGUUUUAGAAUUAUUCUUCCUCCUCCAAAUACAGCUUAAUUUCUAUUACAUUGUAGCACUACUUAAUAUAAAAUAAAUGUUCUUUUAAAAUGCAGUAAGAACAAAUAUAUAUUGCUUGUUCAAUCAAAUUUUGAUGGUGUUUCUGAAAAUUGUUCAAUAAGUAGCUCUCCAUAAUAAAGUUAUAAUAAUAAUUAUAGUAAUAUACACUUUUGAGUUGUAAAACAUGCCUUUCACAGGGCCCUAAAACCACAUCUUCAAAGUGUUGGACAAUUUGUACUGUCAAAUGUAGUAUGUCUUCAACACUACAAUGUGGCAUCAAGUCCACACAGCCAUGACCCAGUCAACAGGAUGAUUCAUGGUAACAGGAGUUUGGGAAAAAUCUAAGAAAUAUUCAAGUAUAACAACAAGAAAAUGAUCCUUUAGCAAAACUAUGGCAUAUUUCUUACAGAAAAAAUAUAUAUUAGAUAGAUCCAAAGUACUUUUUAAAUAUAAUCCUGAAAAGCUGGAGAAGUUGGCUUUAUUCAUUUGAAAUGGUCACCAGUUAAAUGAAACUGAAAACAUCUUUGUAUUUUGUUUUCAUAUUAAUAUAGUAUAUUCUUGGUCCUCCAGUUUUAUAAAAUGAUUCAGUUGAGUGUCAAAUAAUCCCCAUUCUCCCAUCAUUUGAAUUGACAAAUAAUGUUUAAAGUUUCCUGCUAAGCUUUCAAAAAAAUGCAUAUUUGUAAAAAAAAACAUUGGAUAGAUUGAUUUCACGAAUUUCUUGGCUGGCUUUUGGCUUUGAUUCAUAAUUGUGUUGAAUAUUGAAUGUUCCUUUGUACUCUCAGUUCCGUUUAUUUCUUCUGCCCGUGUUACGCAUGAGAUGUUUUCUGUCAGUGCCCCUCCCUUUGGCAAGCUGUUGUUAUUCACACAAUAACACUCGAACCCGUUGUGUUUUGCUCUCGUCUGGCCGUCUGCAGCGCAUCACAGGCGGACAGCUGAUGAUGAGCCUCUGGGGAAUAUUUAAAGCUUCUGUAAAGCGGAAGUCUGGCCUGCUGUGUGUUAUCAGCUGAGGACGGCUGCUAGCUAGCACAACGCUGAAUAUAGCAUAGCAUAUAGCAUUAUAGCUAGCGAGCUCCACUGUUAUUUCCCAAUCAGCUAAAUAAUGAAACGACAAGGAAACACAAGGAUAUUAUGGUGGUAACAUCUGCCGUAGUAACACAUUUUUGAGAAGAAGACACAGGAAACGAACCAUUCCCUACCUGUUGAGAGCAGAGUUUCCAUUUCCUGCUACCCAAACCAGCCUUGGCCUCUGUUCCUCGACACCUUCACCUCUUCGACACCCUCACCUCUGACUCUGCAGCCUGUGUCUGGCCGCUAUAACCAUGACGACAGGCGGGUGUUGCCACCUGCCUGGCUCUCUGUGUGACUGUUCCAGCAACACAGGCCUGUGGAAGAGCAUGGAGGAAGGAGGGGGAGACGCUUGCCAGGCGCUCUACGUCACCCAGGUCACAGCCAUAGAUGGGCGGCUGCUGUCCUCUGUGCUCAAACCCAUGAGCGCACAAAGUGAUGGUCCCAUCUGCCGUAUUUGCCACGAAGGAGCCAGCAGUGAGAUUCUGCUGUCUCCGUGUGACUGCACAGGCACUCUGGGCACGGUGCACAAGAGCUGCCUGGAGAGGUGGCUGUCAUCAUCCAACACCAGCUACUGCGAGCUCUGCCACACAGAGUUCACCAUCGAGCGCCGCCCGAGGCCUCUCACAGAGGUAACAAAGUGGCUGCGAGACCCCGGCCCCCGUAAUGAGAAAAGGACGCUGUUCUGUGACAUGGUGUGCUUCCUGUUUAUCACACCACUAGCAGCCAUCUCAGGCUGGCUGUGUCUGAGGGGCGCUCAGGACCAUCUUCAACUAGGCAGCUGGCUGCAGGCCGUGGGCCUCAUCGCCCUCACAAUUGCACUCUUUACCAUAUAUGUUCUGUGGACCCUGGUGUCUUUCCGCUACCACUGUCAGCUGUACUCUGAGUGGAGAAGAACCAAUCAGAAAGUACGUCUUCUCCUUCCUGAGGCCAAGGUGACAAACUCUUCCCAGCAUUCCCUGCUCUCUACCAAACUGAUGAAGAAGUCUGGCAAUGACAGUAUAGUAUGAGACCAAGUGGAGACGGUUGAUGAUGAAGGUGUCUUUAAUGUGCGGGGGCUGAUUGUCGCCUGCCAGUUAGCCUUUAAAGAAGCACUUUUGUGCUUUUUUUGUUGCUUUUUACAAAAAAGUAUUUUCCCCAUCAGUACUUAUUUUACAUCCCUUUUUUUAAAAGACAUCUGUCCUCCUGUGGGAGCAGAAAUGAACACAUUUGAAUGGAGUCUGUGUGUGGACCCAGCUUAUGCAAAGGCUCUGUGGAAGGGAGCAGCACAUGGGGACGUGCAGAGACUUUUACAGAGACAUGAGAACAGGAUGAUAACAUUAAUAGCAGUGACAGCAGAAACAGAAAUGACCAAACUAACUUUUGAAGUGGACUGUGAGAUGUUUAAAUUAUUGUUCUGCCUGGUUUUUAAUAACCCUUUGUCUACAGAGUACUGUGGAGUAAACAGUCCCUAUGAUUGUGGUGAUGCAAUGACUAAGUGAGAUUAGAUGUAAAUCCUGGGCAUGCCCUUACCUAUAUAGGCCUUGCAUUCUCUGCACAAUGCUGCCCAUUGAUGACCUCAUUCAACUAUUGUGUGAUCCCAUUCUAAUCUGAGAUAUAGAUAUUUGAUUAAUUCACAAUCCAGAUGCCAGUACGCUGCGUGCCGUGAGCAUUUUAGCACAAACUUAAAUUCUAGAAUUCUAAAUUCUAGCAACAUUUUUUUAGCAGAUCUUAUUUUUUACAUCUGAGCUAAGAAUGCGUUACAGUACAACAUUAGCAAAGCCAGAUAUUGUGCAAUAAAACACUGUGGACAUCGAGGUCUUCACAGCACAUGAACAGACCUCUCCCAACAUGCGCAGUUAUGCAUGCAAGCACUGUUAACAUUUUGGGGGAUUUCUUUUGUUUUGUAAAGUUAGUGUGUUGUUAUUUUGUUGUGUGAUUUUAAAAACAUUUCUUGAACUAUUCCUACUCAGGAAGGAUUCAACAGUGUCCUCAUAGAGGUUCUUAUUUCAUUUGCACUUAGCACGUAGGUCUUUCAUAGAUCAAUUUAAAAUAUCUGUCAAAAUGGCUCUAAGAGGAUCAUUUCCAAAUGUGGUUUGGGGACUGACACAGUCAAUAAUUAUCAAACCAAGAAUCAGAAAACAGAAAGGCACUGCACGCUCUCAUCACUGAAGACAAACAUUAUCGUCUCUGAUGUACACACUUUUUCUGUGCUUGUGUUAAGUGCUUCUGCUAGUCUUUCCCCAUCGACAAGGACUCUCAUGGUGGGUACAUUAUGCAAGCACCACGAAGGCUUAAUCCCAUUCUAGCUUUGUUUUCACUGCUUUAGAGGAAGUGCUUUUUAAAUCCAUUUGAUGGAUGUUAACAUUUGUCGGCUACAAACUUGCCCUCAUCAUGUUUUCAUGUUACUGACCGGACUCAUGUGGGUCUGUAUUGGUUUUUUUGGCGAUUUGUGAACAUGUUUUUUUUCUCUUGUGUUUAUAGUUCUGUGCAGUUUGUAAUCAGGUCGCUUUUAGUGACUUUCUAUCAGCUAGUGAGAAAACGAACCACCGUGUCUGUCUGGUUUCCAGAUUUCGUGGUCAUGACAUCAUUCAGUUUUUAAAUUCCACAUACUUUAGGUUAUGGAAAGACAGUUAGAGUAGUUGACAUGUGGACACAGUAUUGUUGCUUAACAGGAGAAGAGAUUAAUGAUGAAACGUCUUAAACAUGGAGGAGUAUUUGAUUGUUAAAACCAGCAGCCAGUUUGAUGCACGAUUGUUUCAGUAUUAUUCUUCAGAAUGUUCAGUGUUUAAAUAAUAACUUUGUAAUUCUGCGGGAUUCAAUAAAUAAAUUACAUUAGCACAGAAAGCAUUUAGGCAAAGAGAGUCUAAAGCUCGACUGCUUUAUAAUUAUUAUUCAUCUUAUGACUGAACUUUAGUUCCAAUAUUACAAGUAUUGGCUUUUUGAUUUGUUUGUUUUUCUCUAUUCAACCGAAUGACAUUUAUAUUAUUAUAAAUGACAUGAAUGACUUUUGAUUAUCAUAUGUAUUGAUGUCAUGAUUUGUUUGUCCUAUGUGCAGUUUGAGAGUACAUUUGCAUUUCGCAGAGACCUUCAGUGUUGACACAUUGUAACUACAUGCAGUGUUGUGCAGAGGCCAAAAGUCAGUUUUUAUGCACAAUUGUGGUAUUAACUCUUAUCUUUUUGAAAUGAAAUACACAUGUUUUUAUUUUAUAACAAUCAGGCCUAACCAAACAAUAUUUGACUUACUGCCAGGAGAUUCUAGCUGUCAGUAAGCACCGAUACAAAGUACAUUUUUCUUCACGGGAGUUUUCAUGCUACAGAAACCUGAACUGUGAUCUGAACUCUUACUACACGAGUAGUGGCUCUUUGGGCUUAUUUCAUAGGAACAGGGUGCAUCUCAGCGGGGAAUUGACCUCCCAGUGUUGUGUUGAGCAACCAUUGAUUCAUCUGUUUGUCUCCGUAUGUCACUACAAGUCCCCAGUGGAUGUAAAGGGCCCUUGUCCUGUGCGUUUGUGUACAACAACAUGACACUGUGGUACUUCAGCUCCUGGUGGAUUGGCCCAGUUAAUUGUGUGUUUGUGUUUUGAACUGAUCUCAGAACAAAGGAUUACAUCCUGCAGUGCUGCGAUGCACCCGGGGGGGUUACAAGCUUAUGAGUCAUUGGAUCAUCCCUGUGUUGACUGUUGUCAUGGAGAGGAAUUACUCCAAGUGUUAAGAUCUGAUGUGAAGCAAUGUUAAGAUCUGAGGUGCAGUUAUUCAACAAACUACUCAAUCUGCAGGUCAUUGUAUCCGAGCGCUAUGAUAGUUAUGGGAUGUGUUUGUUCAAGUUUGCCUACAAAGUAUGCAACACCUCUCUGACUCCCUGCGGAUCCUGAGAUCGCCAAAGAUAUUUUGUAUUUAACACCUAAACCAUAAUAACAAUCCAAAAAGGGAUUUUACAUAAUUGUUUUUUGUGGUUGUUUAUUACAAAAAUGAGGAUGUAAAUGUUACUUCUGUUGUGUUAUGUUGUGCUAACAUUUUUGUCUUUCUACAUGUAUUUUCUGGAGGGUGGUUAUGUUAAUAUGUAUCAUUUGUAAUUAAUGUUCUUCAGUAUUCACAUUUUUAAAUCAUACAAUGUUUAUAGUGUGCUGUGGAAAAAAGUAAGAUGUCUUCACCCAAAUACUGGUACCUGCAAUCAGCCAAGAAUUGUUUGCAAAGCAAAUUAAACAUGAUGAUGAAUGAA